AACACAACUAUACCCAUGAUGGACGAAGACAUGGAGGAUGUAGACCGCAAAGCGGAGGAAUCUGGCGAAGAGGAAUAUGACGAGAAUGCCGACGAAGACUUCAAUCCCGACCAAGCGAAAGACGACCAGGACAACUCCGAGUCCUCGUCCGACGAGGAUGACGAAGAAGCAGCGAAAACACCCAAAAAGAAGCCCUCCAGCAAAAAACGCAAAACCGACGCCGCCCCAGAUGCAGACCUCGACUCAGGCGACGAAGCCACAAUUCGCGAGCGCAAAACGAAGCGAAGGAAAAAGGCAGCGCAAGAUGAAGAGGAUUCCGGUGGUGAGGGCGGUUUCAUUCGCACGCGUCGUCAACGCGAAGUAGAGAAAGAGGAACGGCGGAAUCGUAAACGUGGCGUACGGGAAGGUGCCGUAACCAUAGACGUGGACAGAGUAUGGGCAGAGUUGAGCAGUAUACCUGUUGGCAGAACAGUUUUACCACCUGUUGCGAAGAGGCUUGGUGGAGGAGAUGAUGGAGAGGACAUGGAUGUUGAUGGGGAUGAGAAAGAGAACGGAGGGGAGAUGGUGAGGAUUCAGAGGAAGAGUCAGUAUGCGGGAGAGAUCACAUAUGUGGAUGUGGAUGUUCCGAGGAAUAGUAAAGAGGCUAGGAAGUAUUUUGAAGAGCAUCCGGAGUUGGAUCCUGACAGGAACGAUUCUGGUGGUACGGGCGAUACUGCUGGCAACACGAACUCCGCGUCUGAUGCUGCCGCGAGGAAUCGUCCACUUCGUCGGCCAUCGAUGUUCGAGCCAAAUCCUACUGGCCUGGUAAAGGGUGUUGCGCCAGAGAAGUUACGUUUGAGGACCCCUUCUAGGCUGGAUGUGCUUAUGGAGCAGAAACGGCUGGAGGCGAAGAAGGGUGCACAAAAGUUGAACACUAUGCAGAUGAGUCAAUACGACUGGAAGAGUUAUGUGGAGAAGGAAGGGCUGAAGGACGAGUUGGAUGUGUAUGAGAGGAGUGGAAAUCGCUUUUUGGCAAAGGAGGCUUUCCUGGAUCGCGCUGCGGGGGCAAGAGAGGCGAAGGCGAGAGAUGCGAGGAUGAGGUUGUGAUUAUGAUGCAUGGAACCAAAAGGGGAGUGGAUGGCCGCUGCAAGCAGAAGUUCUGUGAAGAUGAAGAUUGCAUUUCUUAUGAUACCCGGCACUGUCUGAAUAGCAGAAGGCCACCAUUUAGCAUCUACUGGCGCAUUGUCUGCUACAUUGAAAUCAAUGCGUGAUGUCCACAGCCUCGAGAUUGUCGAAAAGAAUGUGUAAAACUGUACCUCGUCCAUGUAACCUGAAUU